UCUUACAAAUAUUCAAACUCAAAACCAACCGUUUUCGCUCCAAAAAAACCACUUUCACUAUCUCUACUUAUUAUAAUAAAACAGUUACCAUUUCUUCUCUACGUUACCAAAACUAAUCAUUUGUCUCACACACACUAAUUUUGUCUUCAACUUGAAAAUGUUCCGUUUUCGUAUAAGCAACACCGUGGUCGGUGCACUCAACAUACUCUCCUUACUCCUCGGCCUCGCCGCUAUCGCUUCCUCCGCCUACAUCCACAUCAAAGGUGGUUCAGACUGCCAAAAGGUGCUUCAAUAUCCCCUCCUAAUCGGUGGUGUAUUCGUCGUGAUUGUGUCGGGACUUGGAAUCGCGGGAUCGUUGUUCGGAAUCAACACGGCACUCUAUGGUUACCUAUUGGUGACAUUCUUGCUUGUGUUGGGACUUGCUUUCUUCACUGUGUUUGCUUUGUUUGUCACCAAUAGAGGGGUGGGGAAACAGAUUUCUGGUAAAGGGUAUGGUGAGUAUAGGGUUGCUGAUUUCUCUCAUUGGUUGCAACGAUAUGUUGUGAAUGAAGAGAAUUGGGAUGAGUUCAAGAGUUGUUUGAAGGAUGCUCAUGUUUGUCAGAAUCUCGCCGUCAAUGGUGGCCGGAAUAACGACUCCCUCAUUUUCAAACACUUGUCUACCACCCAGUUACUUUUGCAGGCUGGGUGUUGUAAGCCACCGGUGUACUGUGGAUUUACAAUGAAGAAUGCUACAUUUUGGGAAGUACCAAAAUCAGGUUUGGCAGCAAAUAAUUCAGAUUGUGCAACAUGGAACAAUAGGCAGGAGAAACUGUGUUACGAUUGCAAUGCAUGCAAAGGAGGAGUUUUGGCCAACAUAAGGAACCAAUGGAGACAUUUAACUGUGUUCAAUGGUUUUGUGCUUGUACUCGUCACUGCCAUUUACGCCAUGGGGUGCUACGCGAUCAGGAACAAUCGAUUGGACUCUCGCAGCAAUCUUCCAUAAUUAGUUUUAUGUCUUCAAUUUGUUAUCAGGGACUAUGUAUUUGUUUCAAGUAUGGUUGUCUUUAAGAUUUGUGUUUAUUUUGUAUGGUCGUGUACUUUGGUGUUUUGGAUCUCCAGACAUUCAAUUUCCUUAACUUGUUUUUUCUUUGGUAACUUCUUAAGUCCCUAAGUUGUUAUAAUCAAUUUUCAUUCGGUA